CUUGUCACAAUAGUCCUUAAGUGCUAUAGGUUGGAGACUGAUUAAUAUACAAGAACAUAACAUUUAGAAUCGCACGUAUGGGUAAUAAGUAUAGAUGCAUGCACGCUGAAACACUUGUUUUUCAGGACUGUGUUUGGGGGAGAGGUUGCCCAGCGUGAGCGUCACGCUCAUGUGACGAGAGACCGGGUCAGAAGGUGCCGGGUCUUUGUGAAUACCGUACAGUAAAAACACGUUUCCGAAGGUGCUGGGCCAGUAAGUGAGUUGUAAGCCGGUCUAUAAGAAGACGCCGAGACAGCCUGGGUCCCUUGAGUCAUAUACACGUGACGACGAGAAGUUUAAAAAUGGGUUACCGUGUAACAGGCUGAAGUAACGUUCUGGAAAACUCGCUACAAGGGGGUGGAGAGACAGAGAGAGAGGAGGAGGGAGGGGGGGUUCAGGCAAUUAAACUUUACACCUAAAAUUGGGUGAAAUGCAGGAAUGCGGGCUGGGUACAUAAUGCACCCCCUCUCUAUCAAGGUAUUUAACUGCUACCUGCGUGUAUGACUAAGUAUCGAAGUAAAAAAAAAAUGUUAAUAUGACUCCGCCACCGAGCACUCCAAGACCGAGACGAAGGGGUAUUUAUUUUAUUUAAAAGCAUGUACAGUAUGCAUGUUCGGCGGGGAAGACCGUGAGACCGGCGAGGAACGUCAAAGCGAAAGAGCCCGUGCCUGCACACGCUACACGCACGGUUCGCCUGGUGUGAGAGGAGAGCGGUGCCGACGGCGCUACUUCCACCGGCUGACUGCUGACGUUGAUCCUCUCGGUCCAGCCUCUCGCCGGAGCGGCAGCAGCAGAGACCAAGCGAGGCAGCGCUGGGGUCGCGGCGUCGAUUGGGUAGGGCCGCGGUCCUGCACCCCCACCCCACCCCCCCCACUCUCUCUCGCUCGGUGAGCCCGGUGAGCAGUGCGCACUGGCCGGAGCCGGGGAGUCUCCUGCUACACUUCAAUGGAGGAACAGCCCAGCGUGCGGGCACCUCAGCAGCGCUACCACCAUGGAGGAGAGAGGAGCCCGACCCGGCCCAGGAAAACGCUGAAAAAUGAGCCGAGCCACUGCCAGCACCACCACCAGGAAACGCAGGCGAAGAAAACAGGUCGGGUUUGCUUAGCUAAGGCCAGAAACACGGUGGCGCCCCGAGAGGACUCGUGGACCCUGUUCAAGCCCCCCCCCGUCUUUCCAGUGGACAACAGCAGCGCCAAGAUUGUCCCCAAGAUCAGUUAUGCAAGCAAAGUCAAGGAGAACCUCAACAAGGAGAGCCAGGCUCCCCCGCUGCCCGCCCGGCUGUCUCAUGUCCCCAUGUCCGCUGUGAAGACCGGCGCCUCGGCGGCCUUUGCGAACGGGCCCGUCUCCGCGGAGGCGGCCUGCUGCUCGCCGGCCGGGCCCCUCCUCGGCGCUGCUUGUCCCGAGACGCCCGCCCCCGCGGUGCCGGCGGGCGAGAAUGUAGCCUCGUCGCCCGACAGCAGCGGCGGCAGCGGGGAGCCCAGGAAACCCGGCCUCUUCGUGUACCCUUUGACCCCUGCGCAUAUGCAAGCCGCGCUGCCCAGCGCCCGCCCGGUGGAUGUACCCUCGCAGCAGAAGGCCCUGGGGGACAUCUUCCAGAACCAGUGGGGGCUGUCCUUCAUCAACGAGCCCAGCGCGGGGCCCGAGGGGGCGCCGGGGCGGCCCGCGGUGGGGGGCGGGGGGGCGGCCGAGGUGACGUUCCAGGGGCAGUGCGCCGCUCGGGGCGCCGAGGCCCCAGGGCUGGACCGCCCGACCCUCCCAAAGGCUUCUGACCUCGACAAACGGACUAGCCCCCAUUCCCUCGCCAGUGUUUUCAAAACGUGCCCCCCCGCCCCUGCCGCCGAGGGGGGGGCGCCACUUCAGCCUCUCGUGCCGGACCCCCAGAAGGGCGAGGCGGGGAGCCCAGGUGCAAUAGAGUUCGCUUCUGCUAAGGACCUUGGUGCCGAAUCGCCUCAGGCCUCCCCAGCCAAUCCUGUGUUGACUGCGGCCAAAGAACAGGGCCAGACGAAAGCCUGUGACAGGAGUAGUAGCUGGGGCUCAUUUGAUCUAAAAGCUGCUGUAAUUUAUCACACUAAAGAAAUGGAAUAUAUUUUGACUUUGCAGAAACAAGAUCCAAAAAGAGUGGUGGUUUAUGACGAAUCCAAGGACAGGCCUGACCAGUGAGGCUGCGACAGCCAACGCUUUGUACCUGAACACUGCUGCCCUCGCUGGCUGGAGGGUCGACCAGUUCCUCCACCACAGUGGGGGGCGUUGCAAAAACAAACAAAAUCAAUCGUCACUUUUGUAGUGGAACUGAGAGAGGGGAGUGCCCUGCAGCAGAGACUUCGCUGUGGAAUUGAAACGGGGACGAGGGAGAGACUAGGGGGAGACACGGACCAGCCUCCCCGCGUCUGUCUGGGAGCUGCUUUGCGGAGACCUGCCACUGGGAGCCGCCGCGCGCUGGAGAGAGACUCUUGGCUUCCGGUACAGACUAGAAUAUCUCUGCUCUUGGACGCUGGCCGCAGGUGAGCUGGAGACCAGCUGAGCCUCCUGCACGAGCUUUGGUUGCGACAGCCUGGGACUCGCAGAGCCACCCCUGGGGGGGAGUGGGAGGGGGUUUGUCACGUGACGGGUGAGGCCGGGAGGCUCGAUCUCUCUUCCCGAGCCUGCGGUGGCGUUGGGACUGAAGCCGAUUGACGAUGGGACGCCUCAGCCUUGUUAUUUCCUUAAGCCGAUCCACACACAUGCAAACAUAUGUGCACUGUAUGUACGUGUAUAUCUGCUUGGUGUGUGCAGUUAUGCAUUGGGUGUAUGUAUACAUACACAAAAGCUGAGGAAGGUUGCCUUGAAGUUUCUCAACUGAAAAAAAAACAAACCAAGAAAUGGCAGGAGACGUCAAGCAUCCUGUCUUGCUGCAAUUUAAAAAAAAAAAGCCAGGCCUUGAGAAUGAAAAAUUGUCUUAAAUGUGCUGUGGGAAAAGAUCGCUCAGUACAGUACUGACUUUGCUGGACAUCUUUCAUUAGCGAUGCUUCUUUUUUUCUGUUGAUUUCAUUUCGUGAAAUCGGAACCCAGCCAGGAUCCGCGGGAGGUGGAGAAAGAGGGGAGCGGGUCGGGGGGGGGGGAGAGGGGGCGCCGGGUCUCCCCCGAGUCCGGCGGCUCUUCUGCUCCCGGUCCCUCUGCGCCGGCACCGCAAGCACAGAGCAGCCUGGUCUUUGCUUGGGAUGUCACCAGCGUCUUCACGUAUUUGAAUGGUUGUUUUUUUUUUUUCCUCCUUCCUCAUCCCUUGUGAACCUCUCCGCUAAAUUACACCCCGUGUUGAAGUCGUGCGGAACAGGAGACUCCCCUAACGGUCCCGCUGAGUUGUUUGAAUGAAGUGAGCUGGUGGCGUUGGCAGACCUGGGCUGCGCGAGGGGGGAGUUGGGGCUUUGGGGUUUUUUGGGUUGGGGCGGGUUAAGAUCUUGGGGUCCGCCGCGGAGCCCUUGCGGGGGGGUGGGGGGGAGACGGAGCGCCGGCUGGGUUUCUCUCUCCGGCUUUCGGUCCGUCUCCGUACUCCUUCCUCGCCGCCUGCCCUCCUCUUCCUCGGCCGCUCCUGCUCGUGGCUGGGAGCCAAUCUGACUGUUAGUGCCGCGAGGGAUGAGGGGCAUGUGGAGCCCGAAGUCGUGUCGUUUUCAUGGAAAUCCGUUCGGAGAAUUGUGGAAGCAGCCGUGUUCAUGGCUCGGACAUUAUUCUUGCGCGCAAUUCUUCCCAGAUUGUAGCAUGUGCAAAUGGAGCUGCGACGUUCCAUUUUUCAUUGUCCCCUCUACACUAAAGAAGCGUUUAGUUUAAUGGCCACCCGUUGCUUAAGAACAUGUGUGCAAGGAGGUAGUUUGAACUAGAUAAUAACUCCUUUCUCCUUGACAGUAUUCAGAUUCUGCUUCUUUUUUUUGAGCAGGGGCAUUUUUAGGUUGUAGAUUUUGUUUUUUCCAGUUAAAAUGAUUUGAUUAAAAAUGAUUAGCACUUUAUAUAAACUAAUUUUUUUCUAAUAAAUAUAUAUAUAUGUGAAAAUAUAAUGCUGUCCCCUGCUAAGAAUGGCUUUGGGUUUUUAAAAAACACAAAAAAAAAACACAAAAAAAAUAAGUCACUCAGGUAGAAUUAGGAAAGCCAUGAUCUGACCAAUAGGAAGUUUAAUUGCCAAAAAUGCUAAUUCUAAACCUGCUGAUUUUUAACAUUAACUUGCCCUAAAAGACUUUUUAAUUUAGAAUUUUUAAGACAUUAAAAUCGUCAUUGAACUUUCUAUAUCAAUUUAAAUUAACCUGUAGUGCUGUGUGAUACAUGAUACCAAAAACAUAUAUAUCUAUUUUGAAAUUAUAUAUAUCUGUAUUUUCGGGGGGGGGGUUUUCCCCGUGAAACCUGCGAUGCGCCCGUCUCGUAGUGGAAGGUCAGGCGAUGUUGAGAUUUGAGAUGUCGAGGGGUGUCCUGCGGGCCUGUCCCAGUUUCCGUUACUUUCAUACGGAGCCGUGCUCCGCGGUGCAGGCGAGCCCACGCGUUUCCGAGGGGAAAAGAGUCCCUCUCGCGUCUCCUCGGACCGUCCCCCCGGAGUUUCCUUCAUCCUUCCUUCUCUCCUUCCGCCGUAGCCUGGCGGAGUAGCUCCGGCCUCCAGCGGGACGGCUAUGAAGCUGGUGAGGUCCGCAGCCCGGCGGUUCCGCCUCCGUUGGCGGAGAUUUGGGAUUGUCCCGGACUGUCCCGGCCUUGGAGCCGGCUCCCACUUCCUUAUACAAGAAACUGUAUACGGCCAAUAAAGUGAGCUGAUCUGAUCUUAAUUCCGCUAAUUAUUUGGUAGGCUUUCGGCAUAGUUUUCGGGACUUUUCCGACUGCGUCUCUAGGAGUGGGUGUGGGCGCGGUGUGCGGUUUUGAAACCGAGUUCAGUGAAGCUGCCUGCACUCUGAAUAGAGUAAGGUGAGAAAGUGCUGCUUAACCCUCGAGCUCAUCUGUUCCUGGCCGAGUGCGCAAUAUUACUUUGCAGUAUUAAACGGUCCUUCCAUGACAAGAGGAACGGCGGUGCGCCGUGUUUCCCGUUUCGUCUUCAAAACAUUUCGGUCGUGUUUAAAACUCGCUCCUUUCCUUAGCGUCCGAAGAGUAGUCACCGUGUGAGGGUGGGGUCCAGGAGUUAGUUUUUGUUGUUGGGUUUUUUUUUUUUUUUUUUUGGUGGAACGGAAAAGGCAUCUUGUUCUUGGGAUGCGGAAAAGAGCGGGAGUCCCAUAGGAUGGAUCCAGGCGCGUGCCGAGUGUGCGUCACUGUGGCGCCGGUGGCGGGGUGGACUCGGCUGUGCGGUCAGGAAGAACCCGCAGGCGGUUUCACGCUUUGUGCCCAGUCCUGGAAUAUUGAAUGGCCAGAGCAGUUUAGCCUUGCAGUUGAAAUUCGCACCCGUGUGUUAUAGACUGCCUGACGCAGGGAGUGGGAGUGUUAAACGCUGUCCACUCGGGAUGGGGGCGGGUGGGGGAGGGAGCUCUUUUUAAACAUGUUAGAAAGUCUUUAUGAUUAUGAACUUCGAUUUGUUUUUGUUUGUUUUUUUUUUAAAAAGAAAAACCUCUUAAAAGCACUUAAACCUUGUUCUUCUGUGUCUGUGACUGAAUCGUGAAUUGGGAGCACAGGAGGUGAGUGAGAUGCACGCGGGGGUGGGGGGGGUAGGUCAUUUCUCUGAGAGCACCGCAGCCUGCUAACCAAGCCCCAGACACGGCCGUUCUCCAGCGAGACCGACCUGGCGACAGCUGUUCGACAGGACCGUGUGUCAGGUGUUGGCCGGUUCCUCUCGCUGCUCCCUUGAUAUUUAUGUACCUGUAAGUUUUCCUGGGAAUGUCCACAGACUAUGGGAGGGUUAAGGGAAGGUGCCGUUGUGUAGCUGGGCUGCCAGGUCGUUAUUCCUGGUCCUGAAGCCACGUUAUUACAUAUGAGUGCUUGCAGGCAGCAGACGGUGAGAUCGGUUAGAAAUGGCUUCUUCCCAUUGAGAAGAUUCCCCCCCGCCCCCUAUACAAUGUACAGGUCACCGAUGUUUAAAGGGAAUAAAAAGUGAUCAACUUUCAAAUCCCCAGACAUGCAACUGUUUGUAUAUGUUGUUGGUUUGUUUUUGUACACGACUUCUUUUGUGCCAUGUUUUGAGUUCCGCGUUCUGUUUAACAGCAAGUCGUUCUCCUAAUGUUAUAUUUCAAGGUUAUUCAGCACUGUUAUUCAGCAGAUCAAUCUCUUAAUUUUGCUUUUUAUAAGAGACACUAGAAAACAUUGAUCGCUGUCUAUACAAUUGUACAAUCAGGGCAGACUGUAAAAUGAAUAUUGGAGCAUUCACUACAUUUGCACAGUUAGCCUUGUGCUUAGAGAAUUACACUUGGUCACUCCAGAUUUACAGGGUCUUAAUUGUUACGUUUUCAUUGAACAGUUGAGCUCUGAUGAUCAGUAUCAGUGUUCAACAGUCGCUAAAACAUUUUAAUUAAAAUAAGAUGAAGGGCUUUGACCCGAGGUCAUAGGGUUUAAAUAUAUAGAAACUGCGCAUUUUGCUUUUAAUUUCUUUGAAAGGCACACUGUUGAUCAAAUUGCAAUGCUCAAGGAGGAGUAACUGGAAGUGUGGUUAUGUAUAACUAUGCUACUAUAGUUGCUAUGGUUCUAUAUAUAGUUGUAGUUCAAUUUUUCUCUUUUUUUUUAGCAGGAUUUGUCUCUGUUAAAAAAUAUUCACACCGUUACACAUAAGUGGGCCUGGAAUGUUUUAGUUUUAUAAAUGACUUAGUGGUGGUGCUGUGAAUCCGGACCCAGUGGCUCGAGGCCUCCCUGCUCAAGGCGUGGACACUUGUCCACUUUCUUUUGGACCGGCCAGUCGUCCGGGUUUGUCCUUUUGCACACCCGAGCUUGGCCAGCUCGGCGUUCCUCCGAGACGGGGAGAGGAGGAGUGGGUUUUCCUCUGGGACUAGAUUCCGAGAGAUUUUUUUUUCCUCUUUUCUUUGUCGCUUCCAAGGAGGAAAAGGAAAGAGCUGCCCAGAUCCAGGCAUCUCUGGGGGGUCACUGACGGGCUGCCGGCGACGGGCCUGGGCUCGCGGAGCGUCGCGGCAUCCGGCCGUCUCCGCGGCGACGGGGUCCCACACUAAGCGCGCCGUUCAGGGCUUGCAGCCGGUACAGGGCAAGUCGCUCCAAACCCCUCCCGAAGCGGCGGGGUCGUUUCUGGGGCCGGUGUUGCCGGAGGUCCCGCUGCCCGGCCCCUCGCUGUCGCUCCCUUCCGAGGGCCUUCCGGCACCGAGGAGCUGGAGCUGCUGCCACGGCAGCUGGAGAAACGUCUCUCGGGGCCCCGCGGGAGACGCCGGGGAAGCAUGGGGGAUCCCGCAUGAAGGGCUGGUCGAACCGCCUUUCGGGAAGACGUGAGGAAGCAGGGUUGGCCUCGGUACUGGGCGGAGGGCUGUGGCAGCGGUUCCACUUCCUCGUUGCGUUCCGAGCUCCUGCGGUUUGUCUUUCCGGCUCGGUUUAAAUUUGGCUUUGGCUUUCUCCGCUGGAUUUAGGAGAAGCUGUCCUGGGGCUUCAGAACCAAAAAUAUCUGCUCUCUGGCUACUGCAGCAAGCGUGGUAUUCCAGAAGGGAACAGCAGCCAGGAAUUGACAUCUUUUUUUUUUUUUUUUUUGUUGUUGUUCAUGCAUCUAUGUGAUUGAUAAGCCUGACUUCAAAGUCCGAGAGCACAGAGUGAGUCAUUCGCGAGCUGUCUUAACCAGCCUUCAAAACUGGAUCUGCAUCUGAAUCUUUUGUUUUCUUUUUCUUUUCUUUUUCAUGGAAAUGUCCUUAACGUUUCAGACCAAUGUAACAUUAAAAUUCAUUUCUGUUGCGCUUAUUAAAAUGGUUAAGGAUCAUUAUCGAAUGGAACGCUUGAACAGUUGCGUCCUUAUUUUUGUGUUUUAGAUGCGAUUGUAUUCCUGACCGACUGAAGUUUUGAUUAAUUUAUCAAGUGGGUUCUGUCAGUGCUGGUUUGCUUUUUGUUGUUGGAAAAUGUAUUUAGGUACAAAGGAGGUGUCUUUACGCUAUUUUAAAAUGUUUUAAAUGAGCAUUCAGCCAGCUGCUAUAGGAGAGCCUGGUACCAUCGCACUGUCAGACUUGUGUUUUGUGCAGGACUGUGUGCAGAGAGGGGACAGAGCUACAGACUGUCGCUGCUUCCUUUCCUAGUUCCUCUGAAGCUCCACCUGUCCUGGGUCGGCCCGAGCCACAGUCUUUAUUACAGACGCACAGCUGCCUCCGCAGUGUGACCUGCGGCCGUGCCCAGCCCGGCGGGGGUGCCCAGGGUCCAGGGCUCGGCUGUGCUGGCGCUGCGCUAGGAACUGGUCCCUGUCCGUCUUCAUGGGGCGUCUCCCCCGGGUGCGUUCGCUCCACAGCUACUCUUUUUGAUCUCCGAAUGAAAUUCAGCUGAAAUCUGAAAACCUCCCCCCCCACCCCCUGAAAUUACUCCAUACUUCCAAAAUCUAGUUUUUUUUUGCACCUUAAAUGUUUAACACUUAACGCUCAAAUGAUGAGAGGAAAAAUGUGCUCUAAAGUAAAAACAACUGAUGAUGAAA